AUGGCAUUGAAGGUCAAUAUGGAGCAAGCCUACGAUUGUAUGGUGUGGGAAACUUUGCAGAAAGUGAUGACUCUAAUGGGCUUUAAAGAUCGGUUUAUUAUGUGGGUUAUGCAGUGUAUCACAAGACCGAAGUUUACUUUGUUGAUUGAUGGAAACAGGACACAGUGGAUUGAUGCCAAAAGCGGUCUUCGACAAGGAUGUCCCUUGUCACCUUAUCUAUUUAUACUUUGUUCUGAAUUGUUAACCAAAGCUUUUAAGCAACGGGGAGGUUACCUUGGGAUCCAGGCGGCAAUGAAUAUAAGGCCAGCAGAUGAAAUGCAAGACAGAUCAUGGAGUUGCUGGACGAGUAUUGUGGCUGGACGGGCCAAAAGAUCAAUUAUUGUGCAUGAGAAGGUUAAUCUGUGGGGGAAGAAAUUCUUAUCUCUAGCUGGCAGAGCUCUGUUGAUUAAUACUUCUAUGCUAUAUGUUCCCAUGUAUGUUAUGACUCAUACUUCUAUUCCUAAUGGAGUAUUGAACGCUACUGAAUGGUUGGGUAGGCGUUUCUUUUGGCAGACGAUGCUAACAGUCGUGACUGCAUUAUGUUGGGUGGAAGGACCUGUGCCAACCGACGAACUUGGGAGUGUUGAUGGAGAAGUAUGGAAUGAAUUUGUGGAGAUGCAGGGGAAGAGUGUCUCUAUAACCCGGAAAGUAAUACAGGAUGGAGCUAAGGUGUUGAGACCGAUUCUUAGAUGGAACAUAGGAAAUGGGAAUCAAAUUGAUGUGCUCCAUGAUGGGAAUCAAAUCUUGGAUCGCAACAUUGCUAAAUGGCCUACGUUUGUUGAUAUUGGGAAGGUGGAAAGUAUGAAAAUUGGUAAUCUGUUGAAUAAUUCUUUAUGGUGGGAUGAGGCUAAAGUAGAGCAUUGCUUUGGGAAAAUCAAGGCUGAACGGAUCACGACCAUUCACCUUUUGAGUGGAAGUGGGGAAGACAUGAACUCUCUUGGGGAAUUAACUGUGGAACUCUUGAAGUAUGCUGAUAAGAACCCCAGUAUGGGAAGAAUAUAUUGUUAUACUGUUUACCAGGUUUGGAGAGCUCGUAAUGACAUGAAACAUCACCAGAUGUGUAGAUCCCCAUCUGUGAUUGCUGCUGCUGUGCUUUCUCUGUUACCCAAACCGUUCAAGUGGCCAAUCUUGGAGCAAUGGAGUACUAACCAGCCUAUUAGGAUGCCUCUUAAACUUUGGUGCCCACACCCUCCAGGUUGGCUUAAAUAUAAUUUUGAUGCAACAUUAAUGCCUUCUAAUCAGGCUGGUCUAGGGAUGAUUGUACGAGAUCAUUUUGGUAAACUAGUGUUUUCUGCUGGGAGAUGCACUUGA